CGGAGGAGGAGGAGCAGCGGGGGGGAAUUUGGAAAGGGCGCCAGGCCUUGGCUAUGCCCAUGCCGAGAGGUCCAGGCUUGGGUGGGUUUCGGAAACCCACUCCCCGCAGCCUCAGCUGCCUCUCCGACCUGGACGGAGCCGCCUGCGCCUCGGUGACCCGGGAACCCCGACCCAGCCGCGCCCCCGCGGCUGCCGGAGACACUCGGGGGCUGCGCCCCAUUAUCCAGAGACGGGCCCGCUCGCUGCCCAGCUCGCCGGAGCGUCGCCAGAAAACCGGGGGAGCCGCGGGAGGCGCGUGCCGGCCGGGUUGCACCAGCCGGCGACUCCGGGUGCGCUUUGCGGACGCGCUGGGGCUGGAGCUGGCGCAGGUGAAGGUGUUCCAGGCGGGAGACGACCCCGCCGUGCCGCUGCAUGUGCUGUCGCGCCUGGCCAUCGCCUCGGACCUGGGCUGCAGCAGCCAGGAGCUGGAGUUCACCCUGCAGUGCUUGGUCCCCGACUUCUCUCCGCCCGUGGACGCCCCGGAUUUCCAAGCGCGCCUGCAGCGCCAGCUCGUGUGCCUGGAACGCGUCACCUGCUCCGACCUGGGCAUCAGCGGGUCGGUGCGUGUGUGCAACGUGGCCUUCGAGAAGCAGGUGGUCGUGCGCUACACCUUCUCCGGCUGGCACAGUGCCCAUGAGGUGGCAGCGCGCUGGCGAGGCCCAGCCGGGACCCAGGGCGCCGAGGAUGUCUUCGCCUUUGGGUUUCCCGUGCCGCCCUUCAUGCUGGCCCGGGGCUCCCUCGUCCACUUCGCCCUGCGCUACCGAGUGGCCGGCAACGAGUACUGGGACAACAACGACGGGCGCAACUACAGCCUCACCUGCCGAGACCACGCGCUGCACAUGCCCAGGGGAGAGUGUGAGGAGAGCUGGAUCCACUUCAUCUGAGCCAAGGAGGGAAGGAAGGGCCUUGCUCCAAGGCUUUGCCCAUGCCCUGGACUGAUUUCAAGAUUUCAAGACCAUCCUGACCUCACUCUGGCUGCCAGAGCCUUGCCAGAGACCCAGAAGAUGUCACUGGACCCAAAAGUAGGCCUAUGCCAGGUGGGACAAAAAAAAAGGCCUCUCUCCUCCCGGCCUAGAAAUGCUGGCGACUUUUGCAUGUGUCUUGAAUGUCUGUUAUUGAUGGUCGUUGUCAUGUUGGGACCUUCCUCUCCAGAGGCAGUUAGUUGCCUCUCAGGAACAUUCUGGAAUGAAUAUGCUG